AUGAUGGAAAUGGCGACAAGUUUUCUGUAUCCACCACCUCCGUCGAUAUUGCUCAACACUAUGACCGUCGUCGGUUUAGCCGCUCUAACGAAUAUGGUUUGGUCGGAAGUGAGUGGAAAUAAUCUGAAAUACUCCAAAUUCAACAACGCAUCAUCACAAAAACAGCGAUUCGGCAGCAUUUCUAGCAGAACCGGAAUGCUUUGUCUAUACACACCAGCGUUUCUAGCCGCUUCGGCCUCUUUCUUCCUCUCACCUUCUGAAGAUCUCAGGUUCCUUCUUCUCAAGUCAUCACUUUCCCUCCAUUUCUUCAAAAGAAUCUUCGAGGUUCUGUUCAUUCAUAAAUACAGUGGAGAGAUGCCCGUAGACGUAGCUUUCACCAUAACAAGCGGCUAUUUCUCAUCCACAGCGUUGGUGUUAUACAGCCAAAGCUUCACUCUGGGACUACCCGAGCCAACUUUGGAUCUGAAAUUCUCAGGGUUUCUCAUGUUUAUUGUGGGGAUUGUUGGGAAUCUGUAUCACCACGUUCUGCUAGCUAAGCUAAGGAAAGAAGAUGAAGGUAGUGGGAAGAAAGAAUACAAGAUACCAAAAGGUGGUCUGUUUGGUGUAGUCAUAUGCCCUCAUUACAUGUUCGAGAUCCUUGUGUUUUGGGGUUUCUUUAUGAUUUCUCAGACUAUUUACUCGCUCUCUUUGGCCAUUUCAACCACUUUCUAUCUUGUGGGUCGGAGUUAUGCUACAAGAAGAUGGUAUCUUUCUAAGUUUGAUGACUUCCCUAAGCGUGUCAAGGCUCUCAUUCCCUUUGUUUUCUAG